UCACAGCUUAGGAGAGAACAUCUUCAACUGCAGAGGAAAACGAAGCCAGCCAAAAGAAGGGAGGAGGUCGCUGGAGGUACUAGGCUAACAGUAGCAAGCAUAGCUUUAAGAGGUUUAAGAUAGUUGGAUAGGUUGGAAUACAUUGAUGGAGUGUCUCUUGGGUUUUGCAUCUUCUGUUUCAAGAGAUUUAGUGUGUGGAGCAUUAAAUCAAUUACGUUAUCCUUGUGGCUUUAAAAAUUUCGUCAAAAGGCUUGAAGAAGAAGAGAGCAAUUUGAUCAUAACGAAAGAUAGUGUCCAAAAAUUUGUUACGCAUAACAAGAAGCAAGCCAGAAAGCCCAGUGAAAUUCUGGACAAGUGGCUGGAAGAUGCUAUCAAUGAUGUACACAAUGUGAAUCAGUUGCUGGAAGAGGCAAAAACACAAAAACAGUGUUGCUUUGGGCACUGUCCAAAUUGGAUUUGGCGAUACCAUGUUGGAAAAAAGUUAGCAAAUAAAACUAUGCACCUCGAAAAGGUCAUUGAAGAGGGUAGAAAAUAUGUGCCAUUUGACCGCAUCGCUACGCUUCCUUCAAACACCCUUGAUAUGCUUUUAGAAAAAUGCAUGAAUUUUGAGAGUAGACAAUCUGCAUACGACCAACUACUGGAUGCAGUGAAAAAUAAUGAUGUUUCCUUGAUUGGGUUGUAUGGGAUGGGAGGUUGUGGUAAAACCACAUUAGCAAUGGAGGUUAGGAAAUUAGUAGAAGCAGAACAUCUUUUUGAAAAAGUUCUUUUUAUACCUGUUUCUAGUACCGUGGAAGUUCGGAGGAUUCAAGAAAAGAUAGCAAGUUCACUGCAAUUUGAAUUUCCAGAAAUCGAAGAAAUGCAGAGAGCCCAAAGAUUGUGCUCAAGAUUAACUCUAGAGAAAAAUAUUCUUAUAAUUCUAGAUGAUGUGUGGGAAAAGCUUAACUUUGGUCGUAUUGGGAUUCCUUCUUCUCAACAUCAUAAAGGCUGCAACAUUCUCAUUAUCACUAGAUCAGAAGCAGUUUGUACCUCGAUGGAUUGUCAAAGAAAGAUUUACUUGCCAAUUUUAACGGAUGAAGAAGCAUGGACUCUUUUCCAAAACAAAGCACUUAUAACAGAAGCCACCUCUGAUGCUUUAAAGGAUCUGGGAAGAUUAAUUUCCAAUGAAUGUAAAGGAUUGCCGGUUGCCAUUGCAGCUGUUGGUUGUAGUUUGAAGGGAAAAGCUGAGACGGUAUGGAGUGUUGCAUUAAAUAAAUUAAGACGUUCCAACCCAAUAAAUAUUGAAAGAGGUUUGAUUGAUCCCUACAAGUGUCUACAGCUGAGCUAUGAUAAUUUAGAUACUAAAGAAGCUAAAUCACUUUUCCUGUUGUGCUCUGUGUUUCCUGAAGAUUCUGAAAUUCCAGUUGAACAUUUAACAAGAUGUGCAAUAGGAUUAGGUGUAGUUGGAGAAGUUGACUCAUAUGAAGAGGCAAGGAGUGAAGUGAUUGUAGCUAAAAUUAAGCUUGUUAGUUGUUGUUUAUUGUUGGAUGCAGAUGAUGAAUGUGUCAAAAUGCAUGACAUAGUUCGUGAUGUGGCCCACAUAAUAGCAAAAAAUGAGAAUAAGAUGAUCAAGUGUGAAGUGGAGAAAGAUGUUAGAGUGGAACAAAAUUCUGUAAGAUAUCUAUGGUGUGUGAAAUUUCCAAAUGAUUUGGAUUGCUCCAAUCUUGAGUUUUUAUACUUAGAGACAAAGAUGAAAGAAUUUGAUGGAAUUUUCAAAAGAAUGGGAAUGCUCAAAGUUUUGAUUCUUGUCAACGAUGAGGAUGGAGAAACACGAUUGUCAACAAUAUCUUUCAAAACAUUAACAAAUCUUCGUUUUCUAUUCAUUGAGAAUUAUGAAUUGAGCGACUUCUCAUUUUUAGGUGGUAUGAAGAAUCUUCAAAGUCUCUCGUUAAAUCAUUGUUUACUGCCUUCAUUUCCUGAAUUACAACCCGAUGUAACAACCUUAAAAUUGUUAGAGGUUAUUGAAUGUGACAUUAAUGUGAAGAAUUUUGAAGUGAUGAAGAGAAUCCCGCUUUUGGAAGAGUUGUACAUUAUUGAUAUUGAAGGAGAAUGGGAUGCUAAUAGUGAAGACAAUAUUGAAUUCUUUAAGACGUUUAGCAUUCCCGAAACACUGCAAAGGUAUGGAAUUGUAUUAGGAUCUAAUAAUUUUAUGGAUUUUAAUGAUAGAGAUAUGUACAUUCAUGGAAGAACUUUAUUACUUAACCAUUUUGACAUAUCAAAUGAGGUAAUAAAGGGUUUGGCAAAAAAAGCAAAGGAUCUAUUUGUGGCAAAUAUUGAUGGAGGUGUAAAAAAUAUGAUCCCUGAUAUAUUUGAAAUUGAAGGAGGAGGUUUGAAUGAGUUGAAUAAGUUGGAGAUAAUUGAUUCUGAAGAGUUAGAAUGUUUAAUUGACACUAGUAGUCGCUCGAGUGAGGUGGUAACUCUCUUCUCCAAGUUGCAUACGUUGAUAAUCGGUAACAUGAAAAAUCUAAGAGUUAUAUGGCAUUGUUUUCUUCCAGCCAAUGGGCCUUUUGAGAACUUAGAGAAUCUGUAUUUAAGCUAUUGUUCACGACUGACAUCUCUCUUCACUUAUGUUGUUGCUCGAAGUUUGGUAAAAUUGAAAAUAUUAAAAAUAACAAGAUGUGAUGAACUGAAGCAUAUAUUAACAAAUGAAGAGAAAGUAGAGAAAAGUCAAGAUGAAUUCACCAGUGGGCAUCCUGUACAAAUCUUCCAAAAUCUUCAGGAAGUAGAUGUAGAUAGCUGUCCAGAAUUAAAACAUAUAUUCUCGGCCAACAUUGUUGGAGGGUUAGGUCAAUUGAAAGUGCUCAAUAUAGAAGAAUGUGCCAUGCUAGAUCAAAUAAUUGGGGAUAUUGUUUCAUUAGCAAAGCAGGAUAGAAAAGAACCUGAUGAAAUCGUUGAGGAAGGAACUCUAUCCAGCCUUGCAAGUCUUAAGAUAAAACAUUGUGGGAAUUUAGGCUCAAUUUUUACAGCAUCGAUAGCUAAGACCUUGACUUCUUUGGAAGAAUUGUUCAUAGAAGACUGCAAAAGUUUGAAGGAUAUAGUAACUCAGGAAAGGGUCAAUAAAAAUCUGGAGGAAAGCAUUGUUGAGGAUGAGCAUGAUUGUGAGAGUGAUAUUUCAAUCUUUCAAAGUUUGAAAAAGCUACAUAUCAGUAAAUGUGACUUAUUGGAGGGUAUAUUCCCUGUUUCUUUUAUUGGAGAAUUGAAUGAUAUAACAAAUAAAGAGACUGCUGAUUUGAAAGACUUCUCUAGUCGAAAUAAUACCCAAAUUGAGCUUCCUGCUUUACAAGUACUUGAACUUCAUCAUAUUCCUGUUGGUAGUUAUGAUGUCAUAUGUCCAUCUUUAAGAACACUAUCAUUGUAUAUUGGGAGAUAUGUUGGGUUUUUCAACAUAAAUUGUUCAACAGAUGCUUCAGCAGCUACAAAAAGUGAUUUUAUUGCAAUCAAGAUAUUGAACUCAGAUUUUGAACCACCGGUUGAAAGUGUUGAAUGUCUUUCAAAACAACCACUUGGUUUGAACUUGAUUACGACACACAAUAUUAGAGAGAUUGAACUGAAAGGCUUUGAUAAGGCAAGGUACCUUUUUAAACUAUCCAUUGCUUCAUCAUUCAUGUUGGAAAUUUUGAGAAUUAAGGAAUGUCAUGGACUUGAGUACAUUAUAGACACUGAUGAUGAAUAUGGCAAAGAGAAUAUUAAAGCUAUCUUUCCUAACUUAAAACAACUCUCAGUGAAUAAAUGUUUCCAAUUGAAAUAUAUGAUUGGCCAACAUCACGUAGCUAAUAAGGAUUAUAAGGAGAUUCAUGUUCAAUUCUCAGCAUUGGAAAUACUCUCUCUUUGGAAUCUACCAAAGUUUGUUAGCAUUUGUUCUACCAACACUCUCAGUGUGACGUGGCCAUCUUUGAAGGACUUUGAGUGUUACAAUUGUUUCUAUCCAUUUUAUGGUUUCGAUAGUUGUUUGACGAUUCCUACAAAUUCAAGAGAGCCUAUUAUCACAAGUACAAAGGAUACAAAAGGGAUUCAGAACCAUCUCCUCACUUUGCAAACUCUAAACAUAGUGGAUUCUGAUGCAGAAGGUAUUUUUUGUCUUAAUGAACAUGAAAUGAUUGGCCAACAAGUGAGUUUAAGGUUAGAGAACUUGGAGUUACGAUUUCUACCUGAAAUGACUUAUAUUUGGGUGGGUCCCAACAGUUCACUUACUCUCCAACAUCUUACCACAUUAGAAAUAUGGGAAUGUGAAAAGUUGGAAGUAAUAUUUCCAAAGUCUGUUGUAAGAUGCUUACCAGAGUUGAAGCUUUUGAAGAUAAGGAAAUGCAAAGAAUUAAGAGAAAUCAUUGAAGGGGAUAAAAAUUUGUCUAAUAUUCUUUCUCCUCAACCAUGUUUCCCAAAACUAGAAGCAUUGCAUGUUGAUCAUUGUCACAAGUUGAAAAGAUUAUUCUCUGGAUCUACUUCUAAUGACCUUCCCAAUCUUCAUCUUCUGGCCAUAAAUGGAGCCAAUGAACUAGAAGAGCUUGUUGGAUGUAUACAAGGAAGGAUUAAAGUUGAGCUUCCAAGACUCAAACUUUUAAUAUUUAUGAAUCUGGAAAACUUCAGUCAAGAGAUUGAAUUGCAUAAUUUAAAGAAUUGCAUUGUCUACAAAUGUCCAAAACUCUCUUUGACUUCAACAACUACUCUUCAGAAGCUCUGUGAAUAUUUUCCUCACAAAGAUUUCACAAACACUGAACUUCAUAGAGGAACAUUUGAUAUCAUCGUAGGAUUCAUAUAUGCAGAAUAUUCACAGGAGAUUGAGGACGUAGGAAAUGAGAGCAUUAAAUCUUCAUCCACUGGAGUUGCAAACAUUGGCAUUGGAAAUGCUGUUGCAACUCACAUUGAUUUCAAGGUAGUUGAACAAGAUGAUAAGAUGACUGAAGGCAAGCCAGGAAUAGUGGCAAGCCAAGGAAUCCAAGUAGAAGAAGGAUUGAACCUUUUGCAUAAACAAGAGGGAAAAGAUGUUGUUCCUAACAGCAACAUUGACAUUUCUUCAGCUUAUUCUGCAGAUAUUCGUACAAGAUUAGGAGCAUAUAAACAUUUUGUUGAUCUGGAUGAUGCACAAAUUUCUCUUCUGGUGGAGACAAUAACAACAUAUCCCCAUCUUUGGAAUGCUUGCGAGAGGUUUAGUGAGCGCUUUCAAGCUUGGAGGUUGAAAAUUUUGGCAGAUAUGUUCUUGUUCCUUCAGAAGGAAAGUGCCCAUAGUGUUAUUCCUCAAAGAGAAAAAGAGUUUGAUAGACUAUGUGAAGAAGCUAUUGAAAUUGGAUUUGAGAGUUCGUGGGUAGAGGAAAUGCGUCAACUUGUUGUGGCGAGGGAUCCUAAGCUGGGAGAGGACAUUGCAAGGAGACAAAUAGAUGAGAAUUCUAAGAGGUGUAGUAGUGGGGACAUGAUACCAGAUUCCCAGGCUGUUGAAGAAGGUGAUGGGCCAAAGAUUAGCUUGGAAGAAGGUUCUGACUUGGUUGAUAAAGAAGGUGAAAUAGGUGUUGUUUCUAAUCACCACAUUUUGGCUCCGAGAAAUGAUGAACCAGAGCAAGAAUUUGUUGCAGAAGUUUUUACUUCAGAAAUACCAAGAAUAGCAACAUCAUUAACAAACUCGCAAACCGUUGAAAAGCCAACACCCUCAAAUGCAUUGUUGGACACACAACAGACUAAUGAAUCGUGUUUGAUGGAGCAGAAAAAACCACUUGGUGAAAUUCCUAAGAAUAUUGAGCAAGUUGCUUUAGAGGAAACCAUAGCAAAGAACACCAAUAUUGCACCUUCAUCAAUUCUUUCUGAAUAUGCCACCUCUAAGUUGGAUCCAAGAAUUACUUUAGAACGUAAAUCACAUCCACACGGUGAAAUUAACAGCAGCCAAAUUGAGCCACGCAUUGCUAAAGAAAGUGAAAGUAAUCUUAAAAUCAUUCAAAACUUUGGGGCCAAUGAUAUCACAAGUUUAUUUGCACCAGUUGUCGUGGGGAAAAAGGGUGAAGAUAACCUAGUUGGAAAGACCCUUGCUGAGUUAGAAAAGUAUCUAAAGAUGUCUCUGAAAGAUAUAGUUAGCUCUGAGACUAACAGCCUUUGCCUUUUGUCUACUCUUAAUUUCCUAUCCAACCUUCCUUUCAAAGAUGUCAAAGUAUCAGAUGGACUCAAACAUAUUAUAGACACUAUGCACCAACAAUUCCCAAGCAUUUUAUCCUCCUUUAAGCAAGGCUUUGUCACCACUGACAAGUUGGCAGAACUUGAAGUUCGUGCGAACGAGGUGAUCAUUAAAAAGAAUUUCUAUGAUGAACUUCAACUGAAGGAGGUAGUUUUAAAGGAACAAAUCAUUAGGUUGAAGGACGAAAUAAGAGUUUGUGAGGUUGCCUUAUCAUCCCUGGAGGAGGAAAAAAAUAAAUGCAUUGCGGAAAUUGUAGAAUACAAAACGGAGCUUGAAAAUGCGAGGAAAGACGAAUCUCAAAUGUUGGAGGUGGCUCAUAAAUGGUCAAUUCAGUGUAGUCAAUAUGAGCUCAAUCGCAUGGCUGCUACAAAUCCCUCGUGAGGGUUUUGGUUGUUCAUUAAUCUUAAGGUUAAUGUCUUUUGUUUUUUCUAGUUGUUUAUGUUUCAAUAAGGUAGCUUGGUCCUAACUGAACUUAAUGUGCACCCAACCCAUCAACCAGUACCGCUCAUCAUACAGUUUCAAUUUAGUUUCUAAAUUUGGAUGGUUCUAUCUUGUUGUAUGUUUGCUAUCUUAUUUGUUGUGUAAGAGGUUGUUUUUCGUAAAACAGACAAAACAA